AUGUUCCUUGUUUCCCGCCCCUCGAUCGGAAUUCCCUGCCAUCUUGUCUAUCAUCUCUCUUUCAAUCUUGUCUCUAAGACCACAGAGUCGGUGGCCGAGAUGGAGGCCCCGUUUCCUUUCCGCCAGCCGCGUCCAAUCCACCUUCACCAUUCGGCAUCUCCACUCGCCAUCAUCCUCGCCAUCAUCUGUGCCACCCUUCUCUUCCGACGGCGGCGGGAACGACGAACAAGCCGGCACAAACACUAUUUCCACACUCUCACGGAGAUGCAGACGCAUCACGCAGGCGCAGAGCAGACGACGCAGACCCUGAAAGGAACCACACGGACCAAUCACCCCACAGAUACCUUACCCAAACGCCCCCAGGCUCGUCCCGCCUCUUCGUCUCCUCCUUCAUCCAGUGUCCUGGUCGGUGCUCCCACACCUCUCUGGCGAAACAUCCAUCGCGCACACAAUGGAAAAAGUGAGGUACGUGUAUGCAGAUGCACCACGACCACGGCACGGCAACAACCACCAACACCGCCACAGGAAGCCAAACCUGUGCCUGUGCCUGUGCCUGUGCCUGCGCCGCGCCAACCAACAUCACACGCCUCUUACACUACCUCACCUCUAUAG